UCUGGGAAUUAAAUAGAAUAAGAAAUUGAUGAUAAACUAAAUGGCGUGGUUCGAUAACACAGAGGAUGCAUUUGGAAGCACAAUUUGCCCAGCAUGUGCGCAUCCUCUUGAGGUUGAGGGGGGAUUAUUUGAGGAUUGGGGGAGGCUACCAGCGGGAGUGAAGUUCGAUCCAAGCGACCAACAAAUUCUGGAACAUUUAGAAGCCAAAGUGAAAGGGGAUAAUCGAAAGCUUCAUCCUCUCAUCCAUCAAUUCAUUCCCACAUUAGACGGAGAGGAUGGCAUUUGUUACACCCACCCUCAAUAUCUUCCCGGAAUGAAGAAAGAUGGGGGAAUCCGACACUUUUUUCACAGGCCAUCAAAAGCAUACACAGCAGGCACAAGAAAACGCAGAAAAGUUAAAACAGAAGAAGAAGAAGGCAGAGACACAAGAUGGCACAAAACCGGCAAGACAAGGGCAGUGAGCGGCGGUGUGAUGGGUUUCAAGAAGAUUUUAGUUUUGUAUUCAAAUUAUGGGAACCAAAGGAAGCCUGAAAAGACUAACUGGAUAAUGCAUCAGUAUCAUUUGGGUGUUACAGAGCAGGAGAAAGAUGGUCAAUGGGUGGCUUCAAAAGUCUUCUUCCAAUUACACCCUCGCCAAACCUCUCCAGUUUUUGUUGAUAACACUACCACCAACAACAACCCAAUCAUUACUUCUGAUUCUAUGUAUCAAAUAAGGGGAGGAGAAGGCUCUUCUCUUUGUUUGAAUAAUGCCCACACAUUCAACCCAUUAAGUUCAAAUGAUUUCUAAUUAAACUAAAUAAUACUGUAUUUUAAAAAAAUCAUUAUCAUUAUCAAUAAAAUAAAGAGAUGUUUUCCAAUAUGGUAAGACGAGUCAACUUAUUUACGAAUAUAACAAGAUGUGAUGAACCGUGAUAUUUUGUUAUAUUUAAAAAUAUUUUAAGUAAUUUUGUCAUUUAAAAUAAUUACUUUGAAAUAAAGUAAUUAUCAACCGAUUGAUUUAUUAUAUGAACUAAAUAAAAUUUUAACUCAUUGUCAGAAGUAGGACAUCAAAACUUAAAGUUAUAGCAUAAACUGCAACCAUAAACACUAGCACAAGUGAAAGAAUCAAAUAAGCUCAAUUCUUAGCAGCAAGUAAGUCAAUCCACUUAAGCUCAAACAUAUACUUAUGUAUGAGCUGAAAUUUACUGUUUUCAGCACCAAAAUCAAGAUAUACCCUUAGAUUCACCCUUGUAUGUAAAUCCCUUCUCUCCCUCUCAAGUCAAUGUA